CCAGUCGCCACUGCUUACAGUUGAAGAGUUGCUUGGCCUCCGAUGGUUUGAAUGAUAUUAUACGAUGUGUUGCUCAAAAUAAAAUAAAAACUUUUACACAUGCAACAAAGAAAAGAGGCCUUUACAAUAUUCAAAACAAAUAGGCAAAACUCAAAUAAAAUAACAAACAACUUAGGUAUUCUUUCUUUCCUGAUAAGGCUUAUAUAACGUGAUAACUUAAAGGGUAAUUGGACGUUUAAAAACUGUUCCUCAACGGCGUCUUUCUAGCAGGUUUCCCAUCACUGUCACUUUAGAGAAGGCGCAGUGGGAAUUGAAGUCUUUUAUGCUCUGGUUGACUACAGACGUCACUAUUAGGUGGCCUUUCUUAUAAAAACAAAAUACUGGCUCUAACAAUCCUAGUGAAAUAAAGUCAGUUCACGAUCCUCCUGAACUCACCUGUGGUUUCCCCUGAGCAGCAGGAGCAUGUGUCCUCUGUAGAGGAGAAGCUCCGCUGUAUGCGCUGCAGCCUGCAGGAGGUGCAGCUCCACUCCUCGCAGCAGAAGCAGACCAUCUCUGAGCUGCAGGCCAAGAACAGCCAGCUGAGCGUGGGGGUGGACGGACUGAGGCGCCGCACAGAGGAGCUGCAGCAGGAUCUGUCGGGGAAGGAGCAGGAGAAGGUGGCUGCAGUGAGCCGGGUGAAGGUGGAGCUGCAGGAGCAGAUCGGACACCUACAGGCAGAGAGGACGGCUCAGGGGGGCCUGAGGGAGAAGAUCAGCGCUCUGGAGAGAGAGAUCAAAGUGCUCAGCAGCAGCCACAGAGAGGUGCUCCUGGACAAAGAGAGUGAGAUGUCCUCCAUGCUGGAGAAGCUCCGUCUGAAGGAGUCCGAGAUCCAGAGGAUGAGGGAGGACGAAGCAAACCGAGCCAGCUACCUGCAGUCCGCCAUCCUCACAUACGUCCAGGGCUCGCCUCUGGGACACUACAGCAGCCCCAAGAAGUGACCCCCAGACCACCUCUGAGUCCUCAGGACCGUCUGCAGAAUACAAAUAAAUCGUUAUUGUCCUGACAUGAAACAUUUGGAAAACUCUGAAGAAUCAUGAGUGUUCUGGGACAUUGGUGCGGGGCCAUAUGACUGUGAGCUGUAAACAUACUGUACCUUACACAAUGUGCAGACCCAGUCAUGAAAGGGUUACAAAGUCUACUGGCACCACAUCCAGGAUGUUCAGAGGAUAUUCAUGGUCCCCAGUGAAGGAAUAUGACAUUUUUAGAUCUCUAUUUGGUAAAUCAAUGAACUUUUAAGUCUUUUGAUCCAUCUACCCUUUUAUUGUGUAAAAAAACUUGCCAGCUGGAUGAGAUUAUUACCUGUUUCAAAAUACCGUGUUUUUAUCCUUCUACAGGUUAAGCGUCAGGUUUGAUUCAUUACUCUAAACAUCAAAAAAGGAAAAAGGGGUCUUAUUUCUCCCAAGUACCUUUAACUGUCUAGAGGUGCAAGAAGGGUGUAGAGCCUUCAGUAAAGUCUGUCUUAUAACAAAAUUCUGGAUCCGAGACUAAAAACCACUUAUAUUUGAAUUGCUUUGACCACAGCCCUGUCUUAAUGCUCUACAUGUUCUUGUAUCAUUGCCAACACAUGCCGUCUCUCGUGUCUUUAGCUCUCCCAUUAACUCUGUGUAGUGUACUGUCCUUCAAAUGGAUCGUGCGUCAACAUUUCCAUCUGUUUGCAGCCAAUUGUGUUCCUUAUUCUUCUUCUCUCCAGUCUAAAUGAGUUUAAGACAUUCCAGUGUUUACAUACAGAUUGAGAUUUGCUUCAAAUAUGCCUUAAUAUGUUGUUAUCAUAUCUGUCACACCAGAGGCUGCCUCUCUGCAGUUCAGAUAUAGAGCAUUACACUGAUUCACAACA